AUGGAUAGUCUUUGCAAUUUAAAAACAUUGAUCCUCUCUCAGAACGUUUUGAAUGGGGAAAUAACUGAACAGAUUGAUGUAUUAUCUGGGUGCAACAGCAGUUGGUUAGAGACGCUGGAUCUGGGCUUCAAUGAUCUGGGUGGUUUUCUUCCUAAUUCCCUAGGAAAACUCAAUAACUUGAAGUUUCUUUGGCUUUGGGAUAACUCCUUUGUAGGCUCAAUUCCGAGUUCAAUUGGAAACUUAUCGUAUUUGGAAGAACUGGAUCUCUCAGAUAAUGCAAUGAAUGGGACCAUCCCUGAAGCUCUUGGACGACUUUCCAAGUUGGUUGCGAUAGAGAUAUCUAAGAAUCCACUGACGGGAGUUGUAACAGAGGCUCAAUUUUCAAAUCUUAUGAGUUUAAUGGAGUUUUCAAACUAUAGAGUGACUCCAAGAGUUUCCCUGGUUUUUAAUAUCAGUCCUGAGUGGAUUCCUCCUUUUAAACUCAGCCUUCUCAGAAUAAGAUCAUGCCAAAUGGGUCCCAAGUUUCCCGCAUGGCUUAGAAAUCAAACUGAGCUCACUGAGUUGGAUUUGCGUCUUGAUGAGCUCGACAUUGGUUCCAAUAACCUGGGUGGUAGGGUGCCAAACUCAAUGAAGUUUCUUCUUGGAUCCACCAUUGAUUUGAGUGAAAACAACUUUCAGGUGCCUUUGCCACUAUGGUCAUCCAAUGUGAUGAAACUGUAUUUAUAUGACAAUUUAUUUUCUGGCCCAAUUCCUCUGGAGUUUGGUGAAAGAAUGCCCAUGCUGACAGAUCUAGAUCUCUAUAAUAAUGCUCUAAAUGGCACCAUUCCCCUCUCCUUUGGGAAAUUAAAUAACUUAUUGACCCUUGUCAUCUCCAACAAUCAUUUGUCUGGAGGAAUUCCAGAGUUUUGGAAUGGUUUACCUUACCUCUAUGCCAUAGACAUGAACAACAACAAUUUAUCUGGUGAGCUGCCAAGUUCUAUGGGUUCUCUAAGAUUCCUUAGAUUCCUGAUGAUAAGCAACAAUCAUCUUUCUGGCCAACUUCCUUCAGCUUUGCAGAAUUGCACAGGCAUUCAUACUCUUGAUCUUGGAGGCAACAGAUUUUCAGGAAAUGUUCCAGCAUGGAUAGGAGAAAGAUUGCCUAACUUGCUUAUUCUACGCUUACGAUCAAAUUUGUUCCAUGGGAGUAUUCCAUCACAAUUGUGCACUCUUUCUUCUCUCCACAUACUGGAUCUUGGACAAAAUAAUUUGUCGGGAUUCAUUCCCUCUUGUGUGGGGAAUUUGAGUGGCAUGGCCUCUGAAAUCAACUCUCAACGAUAUGAGGGCGAGUUGAUGGUGUUGAGGAAAGGAAGAGAAUACUUAUACAAAAGUAUUCUUUAUCUGGUUAAUAGUAUGGACUUGUCAGACAAUAACCUAUGUGGAGAGGUGCCUGAAGGAGUAACAAAUCUUUCAAGACUUGGCACCUUGAACUUGUCCAUAAACCAUUUGACGGGAAAAAUACCAGACAAUAUUGGGAGCUUACAGGGGUUAGAAACUCUUGACCUCUCAAGGAACCAUCUUUCAGGCGUAAUCCCCCCAGGUAUGGCUUCUUUGACUUCCUUGAAUCACUUGAACCUGUCGUAUAACAACUUGUCGGGUAGAAUUCCAACAGGCAACCAGUUGCAAACCUUGGACGAUCCAUCCAUAUAUGAGAACAACCCUGCACUCUGUGGGCCUCCAACAACAGCCAAGUGCCCUGGUGAUGAUCAGCGGCCUAAAACGCGCAGUGGGGACAAUGUAGAGGAUGAGAAUGAGAACGGGGAUGGCUUUGAAAUGAAGUGGUUCUACGUGAGCAUGGGGCCAGGAUUUGCGGUGGGAUUUUGGGGAGUUUGUGUCACCUUAAUAGUCAAGAAUUCGUGGAGGCAUGCUUAUUUUAGGCUUGUGUAUGACGUGAAAGAAUGGCUGCUCAUGGUUAUCUCACUGAAUGUAGCUCGCCUGCGGAGGAAACUGAAUUUGGGUAGUAUUUGA